UGGAGGCUGUGUGACUUUCUGAAAUUUGUUGGGAAAUUAAGAGACUAUGGAUAGUUUCCAUGGGCUUUUGUUGGUCGCAGUUGUAACUUUUGCUAUAAUUCACUUUGUUCAAGCUCAGGAUGAAGGGUUUAUCAGUUUGGAUUGCGGGUUAUCUCCGAACGAACCGUCUCCUUAUACCGAAUCUGCAACUGGAUUACAGUACACAUCAGAUUCAAACUUUAUCCAAACUGGAAAAAUUGGUAGGAUUCAGAGAAAUCUUGAAGCAAAUUACCUAAAGCCCCAGAUGACGGUCAGAUACUUUCCAGACGGAAUACGCAACUGUUAUAAUAUCACGGUGAAGCAAGGAACCAACUAUUUAAUAAGAGCUAGAGCAAUAUAUGGGAAUUAUGAUAGUCUUAACAUUUAUCCUAAGUUUGACUUGUACAUAGGCCCUAACUUCUGGGCAACAAUAAACAUUGGAAAAUAUGUAAACGGUACAAGGGAGGAGAUCAAUUACAUCCCUAAAUCAAACAGUUUAGAUCUAUGUCUUGUUAAGACAGACGAUACUACACCAUUUAUAUCGACCUUCGAAAUAAGACCUUUGCCAAAUAAUAGUUACAUUACCACAUCUGGUCCGUUGAAGCUGUUUUCGCGGUUUUAUUUAACGGAUUCAGAAGAUGUUCUAAGGUACCCAGAGGAUGUCUACGAUAGAAUGUGGAAUUCAUACACUGAGACAGACUGGAAGCAGAUAUCCACCAGUCUUACGGUGAACAAUUCCAAUAGUUUCCGUCUUCCUCAGGAUGCUCUCAAAACCGCUGCAACACCGGUGAAUGCGAGUGCACCGUUGAUAGAUAUCGAGUAUCCGGAUUCCUCUAAUGAUAAAGUUUACAUUUACCUUCACUUUGCUGAGGUUGAAGCCUUAAAGGCCAACGAGACUAGAGAGUUUGAAAUUUCUGUGAACGGAGAAUUCAUUGACGACUCUUACAAGCCUUUAUAUCUGCAAUCAGAAACGGUACAAACUCCGUCUACAAUUAUUUGCCAAGACCGAGAAUGCAUCGUAAAGCUGUCGAAAUCAGGGAAAUCUACGCACCCACCUCUGCUUAACGCCAUCGAAGGUUUUGCGGUUGCAGAAUUUCUACAGUCUGAAUCAGAUGAAAAUGAUGUGAUCGCUAUUAAAAACAUCAAAGCCGUCUAUGGAGUGAAUAAAAUCUCAUGGCAAGGUGAUCCAUGUGUUCCUAGGCAGUUUUUGUGGGAUGGUCUAAAUUGUAGUAGCACGGAUAAGUCUACACCAUCAAGAAUCACUUCCUUAAACUUGUCUUCAAGCGGGUUAACGGGAACUAUAGACGUUGGAAUUCAAAAUCUAACCCAUCUAGAAAAAUUGGACUUGUCAAAUAAUAGUUUGACUGGAGCAAUCCCUGAAUUUCUAGCUAACAUGAAAUCAUUGUUGAUCAUAAAUUUGAGCAAGAACAAUUUGAAUUAUUCAAUUCCACCAGCUCUUCUCAAUAGAGAAAAGGAAGGACUGAAAUUAAUUGUUGAUGGACAUGGGAUAAAUCAAUGUCUGCCUGGUUCAUGUGCCCCAAAGAAGAAAUUUCCAGUGAUGAUUGUUGCACUGGUUGCUACAGCGGUGGCGGUAAUAAUCGUAGUGGUGAUGAUUCUUGUUUGUGUGUUAAGAAAGAAAAAGACAUCAAGUCAUGUGGAAGCUAAUACCCCUUCAGUAAUUACGCCGCGGGCGAACUUCACACACACUAGUAUGUCAGAGACAUCAAUCGAGACAAAAGAAAGAAGGUUUAGUCAUACAGAGGUUAUACAAAUGACAAACAAGUUCGAAAGAGCUCUAGGCGAAGGAGGGUUUGGUAUCGUUUAUCAUGGAUAUAUAAACGGUUCACAGCAAGUAGCUGUUAAAGUACUUUCUGAAUCAUCAUCACAAGGCUAUAAACACUUCAAAGCAGAGAUGACUCAAAAUAUAGGAAAACGCGGUGGCCCUGUUUUGAGUUGGAGUACUCGAUUGCGAAUAGCUGCUGAUGCUGCACUAGGGUUCAUAAGUUUGGAUUGCGGGUUAUCCCCGAAUGAGCAAUCUCCUUAUGUUGAGCUGGAAACUGGAUUACAGUUCUCUUCAGAUUCAACAUUCAUCCAACGUGGGAAAAUUGGUAGAAUUGAUGCAAGUCUUGUGUCCAAGUACCCAAGAUCACAGACAACGUUGAGAUACUUUCCAGACGGAACACGAAACUGCUUCAAUCUUAGCGUGCACCAAGGGACAAAUUAUUUGGUCAGGGCUACAAGUAACUAUGGAAAUUACGAUGGUCUUAACAUUUCUCCUAGAUUUGAUUUGUACAUUGGUCCUAAUUUUUGGGUAACAAUAGAUUUGGAGAAGCAAGUAAAUGGUGAUACAUGGGAGGAAAUCAUUCACAUCCCAAAGUCAAACUCUUUGGAUGUGUGUCUUAUUAAAACAGGCACAUCAACACCAAUUAUAUCAGUAUUGGAACUAAGGUCUCUACGAAAUAAUACUUACAUCACAGAAUCAGGUUCUUUGAAGUCUAUACUAAGAUCAUACCUAAGUGAAUCAACAAAAGUUAUAAGGUACCCAGAUGAUUUCUACGAUCGAAAAUGGGUUCCAUACUUUGAGUCGGAAUGGAGGCAAAUUUCCACCAUUCUCAAAGUGAACAGCACCAUUAAUGGUUUUCUUGCGCCGCAAGAUGUCCUCAUGACCGCCGCAGUACCUGCCAAUGCUAGUGCGCCGUUGAGUUUUACCAAGGAUCUUGAGUUCCCUAAAGAUGAGCUUUACUUCUACUUCCACUUCUCUGAGAUCCAAGCCUUACAGGCCAACCAGACUAGAGAGUUUAGCAUUUUGUGGAAUGGAGUAGUUAUUAUUCCCACUUUGAGUCCUAAAUAUCUAAAGGCUAGUACUCUUUACAGUGUGUCACCAUUUGUUUGUGAAGUAGGGAAAUGCUUAUUAGAGCUGAAAAGAACUCAAAACUCAACUCUCCCGCCUCUACUUACCGCCAUUGAAGUUUUUACAGUUAUCGACUUUCCACAGUCUAAAACAAACGAAGACGAUGUGGGAACCAUACCAUCUGGAAUUCAAAAUUUUACUCAUCUCGAAAAGUUGGACUUGUCAAAUAACAAUUUGACAGGACUGGUGCCCGAAUUUCUAGCUAAAAUGGAAACACUGCUGUUCAUGUAAGUUUUUUCCAACAUGUUUAUGGUUUACUCAUGGAUAAUUUCACCUAAGUACGAAAAAUUAUUUGGUUUAAACAGAGACUUGAGGAAGAAUAAACUGAAUGGUUCAAU